AAGCAGCUCUGAAGGAAAAGCCCCGCUCUUGCAGAGUGUUCUCAGUGAGCACACAACUGCACCCACGUGGAACCCUGCUGCUGCUUCUGCAUGACUUUCAAAAUUAAGGUCUUAAUAAAGUCUUAGUCCCGUAAAGUCUAAUGGUAACCCAAAUACUCAGCUUGCGACCAAUUCUUAUUUUCACUGAGACUGAAGACUACCUAAUGGAACAAACAUGACUACUUUCAUUCAGUUACAGGCCUAUCUACUUUCAAGAUCGUGCUGCUUGAUAUCAUGGAAAUGCUGAGUAAAUGUGACUCCUGCUCUGUGUCUGGCAGAUCUCUGCAGAUAACCCUGUGUCUGUGCAGUCUGUCUUGGUGCUUAUGCAUGCUUGUGUUUAUGCAAGCUGCUUACAGCUUUAAAAAUCACUUCCUCUUCAGAACAAAUGUUCUGCAUAACUGAACAUGAAUGGAAGCAGGUUAAUUGUAAUAACUGCUUGCAGGACAUGUAUGCUUCGACGCAUGGUGGAUAUGCCCCGGUAAAACUCAAGGACUUUCCAGUGAAUCCACCCUCAGUGGAGGGCUGCCUUCUCAAGUGUUGAGAAAAAGUUUUGUAUCUCAAGUGGAAUUUGUGAAUGGGGAAAGAGAAUAGCGAGGAUCUGGUCAAUACCUGCUCACUUACUAUUCUCAAGGGUAGCUGAAGUAUCCUUAUAUCUUCCCUACCUCCAAGGCAAGAAGAGGGAAAAAUAAGUCCGUUCUGACGUUCACUCUUCAGCCAUCAGAAUGAUUACUUGUCUCCUGGCCCAUCCCAACUACCGCUUCAGUGGUGGCUGUACUUACCACUACAUUUUCCACUUGGCUUUUCUUCAAUACAUUUCUAUAAAACCAAAAAUCUCAGGUUGUCAUGAAUGGAUAUAAGAUAUUAGUGCAGCUGCCAGGAAGUUUUCAAAUACCUGUUAGAAAGCUUUGAUUAAAACCUAAUGUGUCUGUGGACAUAUAAUAGAGGCCUGCAUAAUAUUCAUGUCACUGCGUCCUCUCCACAGUAGCUGUAUGCCGAAAGUCACCAAAGCAACUACGAAAGAGCAAAUAUCACUGUCUACUUCUUCUGGUAUUUGUUAGAAGCAGCAGAAUAGGAAGAAAAAUGAAGGGAAGGAGCUGGGUGCAUGUUAGUUCAGCAGCCCACAAGGCUGAGAGAGUCGUGGCACCAGAACAUUGCAGCUAAGCCCGCGAGACCUAUCACAUCUUCCCUGCUCAUUAUAACUGAUUUUGACCUCCUGACAGCCUCUGUGAUGCUACCUAAUGCUAAGCUCUUUCCUGCCUUUCUGUCAGUCUUUCACAAGAUUUACAGGCUGCUGGAGUACCCCAAAGUACUUUCUUACCCUUUACCUACCCCCUUCUGGACCUCUGGUGCUGAUACUGGCCCAUGGUGUAUUUUGGAGGCUACAGUGCUUCAUGUUGGAUGCUGAAUCGGUGUUUAACAUCCUGCCUCAGCAGUUUUUCCAUUGAUAGGAGAAAAGACUGAAGUGCCAAAAUCAAAAGACACCUGAUUUUUUUUGUUCUGUGCCACCAGCCCCCAAUGAUUUUUUCAUCUUAUUGUGAGAUGGGUCUGUGUGCCAUUUCAGAGCAAGCCCUAACUGCUUUUUCCAAGCAAAAAAUACACUUAGCAUAAAAAUGUAUGGUAAGUGCUUAAAUACAAAAAAUUUCUACUUAGUUUCUGGUUUCCUUCUGCUCUCUAAACUACUUCAGAUAGGACAGAGGAGGGCAAUGCUUUCUAUGCAAGCUGGUACAAGGGAGGCCCUGCAUCACCUGAGAACUGGGAAUCCUGUUUUCCCAAUCCCGAUGCUGUAACUCAGGCAAAAUGAAUAGCCCCAGAAAGUGGUGCCAGCCUAGUGUAACACUGAUCAGAGGCUGCCAUUGCUUUUAACCUUGUCUAGGAAAAGACGUAUCUCUCACUCUCAGCCGUUAUCAGUCCAAACGAAAGCCUAAAACCCGGAGCCCAGGUUUGCUGGACUGCGGCGUGGUGAGCAGAGAUUUCCAAGGAGCCGUAGGGCUGGUGGCUCCCCAUGGUGGGUCUGCCAGGGCAGGGCCUGGCAGCCAGGCCUGCCCCACCGCCCCAGCCAGGAGUGGGGCAGCUAGGGGGGCAUGAGGGCAGCCCUGGCAUCAGGCACCUCCCUGGGGACAGGCCGAGGCCGGGCUGGGACUUGGGCCCAGCUUGUCAGGGCCCAUAGCCAGGCUGCCGGGGCUGGAGACCGGCCCUGCUAUGGCAUCACCGAGGCAGGGGCUGACAGCCCCGGGAGGCUGAAGUGGGUCCGCGGCGGGGCUCGGGGUGGGCUGGUUGGAGCUGUCAAGGCCUGUUAAUGCCCUUGGGGCCAUGCCGGCAGCUGUGAGAGCUGACCGCAGAGAGCUCCCCAGAGGCUGGCUGGUUGGGUCUGCUGUCGUACCCCAGUGUGCAGCCAUUGGAGAUGGGAGCGGGGCUGCUUCUCCCACCAGCAGCACCUUGUGAUAGCGGACUAGUCACACCGUAAAACUGCAGCCGAAGAGGCGUGCUGUGCCGGCGGCCAAAGGCUGGUUUCCACGCUGCGGGGCUGAGGCACGCGCCCUUUGUCAGGGCUGGUGUAGCAGCGCUCUGCCUGCUCUGCACCCUCACAAACGUCCUCUUUCUUAGGACCAGCCCCACGGUGUGGAUAUAACGGUCCUUGCUAAUAGUGCUGCCAUUAUGUGCUGCAGCUCCAGUGCAGCCUGCCUGUAUAAAACCUCCGUGUGAACUUUGGUCUCCCCCUGAGCUAUGGUGUAAUCUUGUAAAAGUGUUCUGUUUGGUUUUUCUCUCUAAAGACUUAGGUUUUCUGUUUGUUUUUAAGGAUGGGUGAAGCCAAACUUAUCUAAAAUCGCAUGCUAAGCUGGGCUUAGAGGGUGCUGUUCCCUUCUGUCAUGGCCACAGCCUUUCUCUGAUGAAGGUUGUUCCCCUUUAGCUCCUUCAGCGUACGUACCCAUGUAGUUUAUUGCUGACUUGUUUCAGUCAGUACCAUGCAUCAGAUUAAUAAUUUAGCAUGUAGAGUUAACACAAGUUUAUACAGUAACCGGGUAAAGACAUUGUCAAGGAAAUCAGCUGUUUUACAGUAGCACCUUUACAGUAAUACAAAAGUUAAAUCAGAACGUGAAUUUUACCAUGACAUCUCCCAAACUGCCAGGUAAUGAGCAGAUGAUCCGAGUGAUUCACGCUGUGACACAGAAGAGGUGCCAGAAAUGGAGAUUUAAACUAGCUCUUUCCUGAUGGUAUUUCUAAGCUCAUCUGCAGGAUGUUGAAGAGACUGUAUCUCAUGUAAAAAUCUUGAAAGGACUGCUUUCCUAGUGAGAAGAUGAAGUAUGACUAGCAUCCAGGAAGUGAGUGGAUUUUUCCUUCCAUCUCCUUGACAAACUCACCGGAUUCCUGAGAAACACAAACUGUUUUUUUCUGAAGUUGUUGAAGAUGAUGUGAGCAGAGUGGAGGGCAAUUUUUUUAGCCCUGCAAAGCUGCCUGGUAUUUGAAAUGCUGAAGAGGAAAUUACGGUUUUGCCACAACUUGCGCUUCAGGCUUUUCUUGGGUCUCACUCUUGUUUUAGUAAUCAUUUCGGUUUUGAAAGUUAACCAGAAACAAGACUUCUUAAAUCGGAGACAUCUAGAGCUGACAAAAGAAGAUCCUAUUGGCAAUGUUAACUGUACCAAGAUUAUAGAGGGGGAUAUAGAAGAAAUUCAAAAGGUAAAGCUUGAGACAUUGUCAGUGUCAUUUAAGAAACGCCCCAGACUAACAACAGAUGAUUAUAUUAACAUGACAGCAGACUGUGCCUCCUUCACCAAGACUAGGAAAUACAUCAUGGAACCUCUCAGCAAUGAAGAAGCAGAAUUUCCAAUUGCUUACUCAAUAGUGGUUUAUCACAAAAUUGAGAUGCUUGAUAGACUUCUAAGAUCAAUCUAUGCCCCUCAGAAUUUUUACUGUAUUCAUGUUGACAAAAAGUCUCCAGAAUCUUUUUUUGCUGCUGUGAAGGGAAUAGUCUCAUGUUUUGAUAAUGUCUUUAUUUCCAGCCAGUUAGAGAGUGUUGUAUAUGCUUCAUGGAGCAGGGUGCAGGCAGACAUUAACUGCAUGAAAGAUCUCUACAGAAGAAGUUCAAACUGGAAAUACCUAAUAAAUCUCUGUGGCCUGGACUUUCCUAUAAAGACCAACCAGGAAAUAGUAGAGAAAUUAAAAGCUCUUAAAGGUGAAAACAGCUUGGAAACAGAAAAAAUGCCUGUUUAUAAAGAAAUAAGGUGGAAAAAACACCAUGAGAUUAUUGAUGGUAAAAUAAAGAACACAGGCAUAGACAAACAACUACCACCUCUCAGUACUCCGAUUUUUUCUGGUAGUGCCUAUUUUGUAGUUAGCAGAAGAUUUGCAGAAUACGUACUAGAAAGCAGUAAAAUACUUAAGUUCAUUGAGUGGGCAAAAGACACUUAUAGCCCAGAUGAGUACCUGUGGGCAACAAUUCAGAGAAUACCUGAAGUCCCAGGUGCAGUUUCUUCUAGUGACAAGUACGAUGUUUCUGACAUGAAUGCACUGGCGAGGUUUGUCAAGUGGCAGUACUUUGAAGGUGACGUGUCCAAAGGUGCACCCUACCCACCGUGCAGUGGAGUUCACGUUCGCUCUGUCUGUGUUUUUGGGGUAGGAGACCUGAGCUGGAUGCUACGAAACCACCACUUCUUUGCUAAUAAGUUUGACACUGAUGUUGACCCUUUUGCAGUGAAAUGUUUGGAAGAGUAUUUGCGACACAAAGCUUUGUAUCUGCAAAAGAACUGAAAUACUGCAUGGUCCUGUUACAAAACACAGGUACAAAUAGUAUACAGCUACGUACUUUCAACAUGUAACACUGAUGGUGGUGAUGCUGAUGAUGGGUAUAAUGGUUGCCACCAUGUUGGUAUGGUGGUGACGAUGCCCUCCCUGCCUUGUCCAUGGACAAGGGGGAGAGAAGACAUAUCUUAAGUGAAGAUGGGGAUGCCUUGUAUUGCACAGUGAGGCUUGGAACUUUGGGUACAAAAUCGAACACAGCGAUUUUUGGAAGGCCAACUAUUUGGAAUAUUUAUUAUCUAGAAGGUGUAAUUAAUGGACUUCCUUUGGCUAAACUAUUUGUUUUAAGGCUUGGAAAAUGCAUGUUGUUCAUGGUUACUCCUCAGUUUUUUCCCAUGAGUGUAAUGCUAGCUAGCAUGGAAAAGAAAAAAGGCAGCUGGACUGCACAGACUUCAUACUGAGUACUGAAAGAUCUCAGGAAAAUAGCAUUAGAAUUGAACUGAAAACUAUACAAAAGGGAGUAUACCAAAGCCAGCUGUCAACAUUUAAGUUAAACCUGACUGCUGUAGUUCUGUAAUAUGUAAUUCUUAAUCCUCCUGAAAAUUUCAUCUUUAGCAUGGAGUAUUAAGGACUUGUGUUUAAUUUCUUGUAGCCAAAUCUUGCUUUUGUACUCUUAGACCCCCCCUGAUAAUGUGAUAUAAAGUUUAGAAACUAGUUUGUAACUGCAUCUUCUCAGGGAAACUUCAGUUUUGUGCCUGAUGAGAGUUAGACUUGUAAUUUUACACUUCUUACUGUAUCAGGAGUCUUGCUUUUUGGAUCCAAAAUGACUCAAGUUUCUCAAAAACUUAAAAGAACUGCAGUAGUGUCUAAAUGUCACUGAUGGAAUUGCUGUUUUCUGUCAAGCUCAACUUGCGUUCCAGAUUCUUUAACAUUGAGUAUGCAAAAAUAAAGUUAUUUUUCUAAAUGGUA